ACACCCUUGAGCUGCGUUUUGUUCAUAAUGGUUGGACUGGAAAGAAGUAGAGUGACCUGGCAACCCUGUAGUCCGACAGCGCCCUCUAGUGUCAGUGCUAAUGGGGCACUCCUCCACUCAGUCCGCCAGGGAAAAGUUUCUGCUGUUUCGAAGUUUGCGAGAUUGCAGAAGCAGCGCUGAUCCUCGUCAGUAUGAAUGUGUUUGCUGUACCUCAGAAGAGAGAUAAAGGCUGGUAUCUGUCACUUAUGGCACCUAACACAAAGGGCCCAAAGUUUGCGUGGCUUGAUCCCUCCAGACUUUAUUGCAAUUCCCAGGCCUUAUCAGACUGUGUGAAAGAUCUUCUCAAACCAUUCCAGAGUGAUUCGAUUGACCUGGUGGCUGGAAUAGAUGCAAUGGGCUUUAUCCUCGGUUCAGCUAUGGCCACCACUCUGGAAAAAGGAUUUCUGGCCAUCCGAAAAGCAGGACAUCUGUGUGUAGAAACUCAGGUGCAGGAAUAUACUGAUUACUCUGGCAGAAACAAACUAAUGGAAGUACGAGAUGAUGUGUUAAAACCAGGUCUACGUGUUCUCAUAGUUGACCAGUGGAUUGAGACUGGAGGUACAAUGAAGGCUGCCAUCAAACUGGUAGAAAAACAGGGAGCAUCUGUUGUAGGUGUUGCUGCCAUGGCCAUUGAGAACAGCGAGGGUGGAAAGUGGAUAAAGGAAAACUACAAGCACUCACACUGCAUCCCUAAGGAUAUUCAGUCUCAAAUAGACAGGCAGUAUCUGGAAUUCUUCAACAGUAACUUCAACAGUUAGACACGUUACAGAAUGGGUACCUAUGAGGAUAUUGAUACUAGAAGACAAUUCUGUGCUUCCUUCUGCUAUAUACACCAUAU